UUGGAGUGGCGAGUCAGAAAUCUGACGCGAGGUAUGUAAAAACAACUCCUGAAAUUGUUCCGGCGUCGAAAAUUCCCCCAAACAGCUCUGAGAAGUACUAGAGUUUUUAGGUAUCUCGAGGAAGGACAUAAAGAAGCAAAGAGAUAGGCUUUCACAGGCUGUCAAAGGGCAAAUUUUAGGCAAGUUUGGGCUGCGAAUGUAACAUGGAUGUUGUUGUCGUAAAUAGUGGGGAAAUUCGACUUCAAGAUGGGCAGCUAACUGCAGAACUUCGCCAAAAGAGACAAGCUGAAGACCAAGAAAUGAUUGAAAGAAUUUACAAAGCACCAAGAUUAUCUACCAUGGAGACGGAAACACCCAAUAGUAUUAAAAGAAAAUGUACCAAAGAGAUAGAUGAUGUUGAGAGUGUGGAUGAUGACGACGAUAGUGAAGAUGAUGACAGUGAUGACUAUAGUGAAAAAGAUGAAAGCACAACUGCAAAGAACAAAAACCUUUCAGUGAAAAAGUCUUCCUCUGGUUUGGAGAAAAUGGUCUGUGAAACAUGCAGAGAAAAUGUGGACAAUGAGGCUGUCUUUGAGACAAAGGAUUAUAUAUUUUGCAGCGAAGAAUGCAUGGAAAGAGGACCUAUUCAUGAGAAGCAAGCRAAAAAGACUCGUUCUGGAAGAAACAGCCAAUCACCAGCUUCUGGAAUCAAAGAUUUAAAGCGACAGUGUCGAGGGCUUGGCAUGGCAGCAUCUAUCCAAGAACUCAUAGGGUGUCCCACACCAGGCUGUGAUGGUAAAGGUCAUAUCAAUGGCAGAUUUUCAWCUCAUCGCAGUGUGUAUGGUUGUCCUCAUGCCAAUAAAUCAAGUAGAAAAAUGAGAAAUGAUUCCGCAGAUAAACAACCAGAUAGUGACACAGACAGCGUAAGAUGUCCUACUCCAGGAUGUGAUGGUUCUGGACACAAAUCAGGUCUCUUUGCUUCUCAUAGAAGUUUAUAUGGAUGUCCCAGACGGUUAUUUACAGACAAAGAUAAAGAAGGAAGAGCGAAUUCUGAUGACAAUAAUGUAAGAUGCCCUACUCCAGGAUGUGAUGGUACAGGCCACAGAACAGGCUUGUACACUUCACACAGAAGUUUGUCUGGCUGUCCACUCGCAGCAGCACAGAAACAACUGACAAGACAAUGUAGUAGUCCACCAGGCCGUCCACCAAAGUUUGGUAAUUUUGGAGUGAAGACAUCUCCGCAUGAGAGCCCAACGUCACCUGAUUCUGGCAUGUCAUCAGGCUCAAGCUCCUCAUCAGAUCAAGAUAACCCAGCCAAGAAAGACUUAUUACCUCGUCUUGAACCCAAAGACACACCCACCCAUUUUCCAUUUCCAAAGACCACUACGGUUACAUCUCCUACCAAGCUGAAGAUUCCUGUGGUUACUCCCAUUCCUAUCCCUCCCUCCACCUCCCCCUCGUCGUUACCCAGUGUUAUUACAGCAACUGCUGCUGUAGCUGUGGCUAAUGCCGUCAUCAGUGGCUCCUCGACGUCUCCAGAACCGCAGCCAUCUCCCUCCGACUAUCCUAAUACAAGUCCGGCAACUCCUCCGCUCAGGUCGCCGGUUCUCCAAAGGUUUUUACCAGUGGCACCAUCACUACCUUCACCGGGACAGAAGACCAGCAUGUCAGGCGGUAGCAUGACGUCAUCACCACCGCCAAUGACGUCAAACUUGGAAACAUCCGAAGAAACACUUUCCACGUCUACGGAAAUGGAAACAAAGAGCGGGAAUCCUGUGGUUUUAUUGACAUCAUCACCGAAGCCAAGCUCGACUACCCCUCCCCGGCCUGUUGUCUGUGGUGUCUCCAGUGGUAUAGAUCGAGAACAAGUAAAACAGAUAAAGAUGGAACCACAGUACGAUGAUGAAGGUGACAUUGAAAGCGACUCAUCAGAUGAUGAUGACGAUGACGACGACGACGAUGAUGAUGAUGAUGAUAUUGAUGAAGAGGAAGAAGAGUUUGAAAUAAUGAAUGAAAAUGAGAGACAAGAAAUGGAAAUCAUGGAUGAGCCAGAUUCGCCGACUUUCAAAUUAUCUUCAGGGUGUCCAACUCCUGAUUGUGAUGGAACUGGUCACGUAAAUGGCAGAUUUUCCAGUCACAGAAGGCUGUCAGGCUGCCCUAGAGCGGUCAAGCUUGUGCCACAUGCCAAGAAUCCGACACGAAACGAAAUAGGAGCAGAUGGCAAAGUCAAAGAGUUGUUGACGUUUGAAGGAAACAGAACGCCUCCAACAAUGUGUCCUACCCCAGGAUGUGAUGGCACGGGUCAUGUAUCAGGCCAGUACGCCUCUCACAGGAGCUUGUCUGGUUGCCCUUUGGCUGCAAAGCUUUCUCAACAAGAAAGUCAAGAAGUGAAGUGUCCAACAAUUGGAUGUGAUGGAUCAGGUCAUAUAACUGGAAAGUACACCUCACACAGAAGUUUGUCUGGGUGUCCUCUUGCACCRAAGCUUGCUGCUAGUGGGACCGAUCCAACUGGCAAAGGUAGCCUUGGUGGAGCUGAUAAGAUUGGACCAACGUGUCCCACACCAGGAUGUGAUGGUUCAGGACACUCCAGUGGUCAGUUCAGUUCACAUAGAAGUUUAUCAGGGUGUCCCAUGGUUUCACCAGCAGAGAAAAAGGUCUUAAUGCGACAAGAAGCUGAGUCAAAGCUCUUCGCUCAGGCCCAGGCGCAUGCGCGAAAGAUCGAGGAGAAAAAUAACAUUGUCAAACUCAGAUCAGGAAGAGGACAAAAAGAAUACGAUGAAAUUCGUCAGCUUGAUAAAGAAAUCGACGUGCUUCGAUCUUCCAUUGAAGACUCGGAGAGAGUGAAUGAAGAAAUAGAAAAGGAAGUAUUGAGAAUGGAAAAGAAACUAAACGCUACCAAAAACGACACCUCUCAAGACAGGCACAGCAAUGGGGUCCUAGCGACGAAACUUGCGGUACUCCAGUCUAGAUUCAUUGCCAGUCUUUCUAAUAUUGAGAUCCCUGACAUGGAURUCAAGUUAAACUUUGACUCUGUGGAUCGAUACAUUGAAGUCCUACAAGAACGGAUCCUUAAAAACCCUGUCGAUAAUACCUCACUCAUCAAGGACGUCAAGGCAUCAUUAGCAGAUUUUAAGGUUUGAGUCUGCCUGACUACAYUUAUGUUGGUGUCAAUCGAUUCUUAUUUAUUUCGUUAUCGCUCCGAAAUACCGUUUUUACAGUGGGGACACUGGAACAAUCAACACUUCGAGUUUUUUGUCACUUUUUUAAAUGUGUAAUGUAAAUCACCCCUUGAGCUAAUCGACUGGAAAUAAGAUUUUUUGAUCACUCGGUGUAUUUGAACUCAGUGCUUCAUUUUGAGAGGGUUUGAAACAUUAAAAAGUUCAGGAAAAAAUAACUUAAAAAAACCCGAAGUGUUGACAGUGUCCUCAGUGUAAUAUCUUUUUUCCGAUUCAUAAAAUGUUUCGUGUUUUAAUUUACAAUUCUGUUCGAGCAAAAACUACUCUUUCAUUAAUUAUAUAUUCUAGUUGUUCGAAGAGCUGUAUUUAUAAAUCAAAUUAUAUUUUAAUAAGUAAUCGGGCCCGACUUCCUUAGAAAGCCUAGUAACAUUCAGGUUUUUUUUUAACAUUUACGAAAUCAUUUGUAUCAACAAAAACACUUUGAUUUCGUUUUAGUUGUGGUCAACCAAAUAUUUUACAAAUUUCUAUGAUUAUUAUUGAAAUUGUUAUUAUCAUAAUAUAAAUAUAUAUACUAUUAUAAAUACGUCAGUCGUUUAUUUUAUUGCAGAAGAGUAUUCAGAAUUAUUUUACAUAUUUUACAUAAUAGAUGAAUGAAUGUCGUAGUAUGUAGGAACCAAAGUAGGAAAAAAUGUUAAAUGUGCUAUUAAAUAUAUAAAAUAUUAUCCAUGAAUUUAACAAGAAUGUGGUAUGUUAAGGGAGUAUUAUUUUUAAGAUUGAACUAAAUAUUAAAUUAUCGUUAGUCAGUUUAUGGCGGGAAAAUAAGUUCUUAUAAUUUGUGUACAUAAGACUAUUAUAGCCUUUUCUCUAUUUUCCUUGAAAUAAUUGAUAAGAAUAUACUUGUAGUCAUCAAAAUUAGCUAUUUUUUAUUUCACACACCCUAAUUAUUUUAUUUAUGAAUUUUCCCGCCAAAUGAAUACGGCGCGCGUUUCUCCGAGAACGCCUGCCCAUUUGGCGCGCUUUUUCUCGAUUUGUCUUUUCCUUUUCUAAAGUAAAUCUUCUUUGAGAAAUUUAUUGGUAACAGGAAAUUUUUGGUUUUACAACAAGGUACGUUAACAUAAAUAAUAAGCUUCUGUUAAAAUCUGGUCCGUUAUUUCAUCAUUUCCAAAAAAGUUUCCKGGUCUGUCAAUUCAUUUAUUUAUCAAAAUAUAAAUUUAUUUAAAAUAAUUCAAUUUUCCGCCAUUUGGGUUUACUAGGUACGUUGUAUGACUCUACUAAAAAUUACUGUUCUCUAUUYUAUUGUGCUGCAAAUCGCUCGCUACUAGUCUUACAUCAUGGACGUAUCCUGAGAGGAUUCACACUUCCGACUCCCCUUAGUUACCGUUAUUUCCCACAAGCUUAACGAAUAAUCUAGAAUAUCUCAAAAUUUAAAACUCGGAUAACUGAUUGUAGAUUAUUUCAAUAGUUUACUGUCCUGCGAAAAGAAUAGAAAAUUUUCUCGUAAUCCUUGUAGUACUCAUUAAACCAGAUACUGUGUAGUUGUUUGUGGGACAAGAUUUCAAUUCCACUGGAAAAACUAUUGGUUCGCUAUUGUCUGAGUCGGAACUAUAAAUCCUCUAAACCACGAUCAAAUCGUCUAAAUGACAACUAUAAACCUUCUAAUUAAAUUAUCUUGGUUUUAUUGAACCAACGCCCUAAAGGACGAGUUUGAACCCCUAACUAGAAAACAGGGGGGAAAAUUCGUUCUUUGGUUCGCCAAACGACAGUUAUUUUUUCGGUUCGGUUCGCCAUUUCGAAUCACCCCACAUGAAAAUCUUGGAUCCGCCCAACAUGAUAAGAUGUUGUAGAUGCUUUGAAUGGAACAAUGUAAACUCUUCUUUGGUUAUAUUUAACUUUUGUUUAUGUGAUUUAAUCACCUUGACAACAUUGCUGUUAUUGGCAGAACUUAGGUCACGUGAUCAUUUUCCACCAACGACUAGCAAAAAAAAAACAGUUAAAUUUCAAGCAAAGCUAUAGGGAAUUGGAUAAGCUAAAAUGCAUGAUAGAUUGCAUACCAUAUAUCCUUGAAAAAGUUARCUAACAAAAUUAUACUAAUUAGUGCAAAGUUUYGUAGGUCUACKGUCUACUGAGGUCUACUGAACUUACUAAUUUGUGSAAUUUCUUACGAGGUUUUUCACGAAUAUAUGGUAUACAAUCUAAACAAGAUUAUCCCGUUUGGCAUUUACUUCCUGCGAUUUACGGUAUCAAUAGAAAUACCAGCUAAUUCAUUACGUAAAGCAUCCUGAUCAGGUGGGAAAUGUAAUUUGGUGAACCCGAUAUACGAUAGAUAAUGAUAAUUAUGACAAUAAUAUCAAAAUUAAUAUGUUAGAAUUAAAAUUAAAGUUAAAUCAAUCAAUUUAUUGUUGCAUAUCUAUUGAACAGAUAUAAAAGAUAUAAUAAUUAUUGCGAUAUGUAUUAUCUUGUUCAUAUCUUAUCUGUAUAUGAAAUAAUGAUAUUAAAAGAUAGAUAUGAAUCAA